AUGCACUUAAAGCUGCAGAGCUGUGCCGUCAGCUGGGUGCUGCUCGCCGGGCUCGCCCGUGCCGACGCCGACGAUGCCAAGUACAAGCACGUCGCCUUCUUCAGCAUCGACGGCUUGCACGCCUCGGACGUGCCCAAAUGGGUCAGCGCCGAGCCCCACGGCGCCAUCGCGUCGCUGCUCAAGACGGGCUAUUGGUACGCGGGAGCCCUGACGUCGGCGCCGUCCGACUCGUUCCCCGGCAUCGUCAACUUGGUGUCGGGUGCCAAGCCGGCCCAAUCGGGCAUUUGGUACGAUGAUGGAUAUGGUAAGUUGCAUUUCGCCUGUCCUUGGCACCAGCGUGCUGUCGUUUACGACGAGACCAAGGACUACGACAACACCAAGCUCUGGUCGUCGCCCAACCCCACCGUGGUCGGCGGCAACAUCGACCCGGCCAACCUGCCUCAGGCCAUGGUGCGCGGCGAGUGCAUCAACCUGUACCCGCACCAGCGGCUGCGUGUCAACACCAUCUUCGAGGUCGUCCACCCCCAUGGCCAAACCGCCUACACGGACAAGCACCCGGCGUACGACAUGGUGCGUGGCCCCUCGGGCAAGGGCCUGAGCGUCGGCUACUUUCCCGAGAUCCAGAGCGUCGACACCACCAACGUGACGCAGAUCAUCGGCUACGACACGCUGCAUGUGCAGGCCUUCCUAGACUGGAUCGACGGCAAGACGCCGGCCAACACGGAGGUGCAGGAGGCGCUGACAGGCAUCCCCAAGCUCUUCGGCGGCAACUUCCAGGCUGUGUCGGUGGCGCAAAAGUCGUACGGCUACGAGCCCCACACGGUGGCCUUCACGCCGCAGCUCACCACGGCGCUGACCUUUGUCGACGACUCGCUCGGCAAGGUCGUCGCGGCGCUGCAGGCCAAGUCGGUGCUCCAUGAUACCCUCAUCAUCGUGUGUGGCAAGCACGGGCAGACGCCCGUCGACCCGACGCUGUUCCGACGCGUCGACCAACACCUGAUCGCGCCGGCGGCGGGUGUAACGGUCAGCCAGGUGACGGCCGACGACGUCGCGCUGCUGUGGCUGGCAGACCAGCGGGACCUGGCCAAGGCCGUCGCGGGGCUGGAGAAAGCGCGUGCGACGCUCGCGAUCCAGGACAUCAUCUACGGCGACCGGCUGCGCGACCUGGGCUUUGGCGACCCAGCCAAGGACCCCGCGGUGCCCGACAUCAUCAUCGUGCCGGACCUGGGCGUCGUGUACACGACCAGCCACGCCAAGAUCGCCGAGCACGGCGGGCUGAGCGCCGAUUCCCGCAACGUCUCGUGCUUCGUGAGCAACCCCAGCCUGCAGAAGCGCGAGUUCGACGGGCCCGUGAGCACCGCGCAGGUGGCCCCGACCAUCCUCAAGGCGCUGGGCCUGGAUCCCAACGAGCUCGACUCAGUCAAGCACGGCGGCGACGACCUGGACGUGCUGCCUGGGUUCUAG